AUAAAAUGAAAUUCCGAAAUCCGCCAAAGAAGGAGUGAGAGAGAGAAACAAGGACAUGGAGAAAUAGCUGGAUUUCUGAAACGACGACGCAAGAGAGAAGAAGAAGAAGCAGCCAGCUCCCACCACCCCCAAACUUUUUAAAUUUCCAUAACUACCCACUCACUCCUCCACUCCCCACUCUCACUUCCCUCUACCCUUUUCGUCCAAUUCCUCCUCCAAUGGAGUCCACGGCGGAGUCGGUGGACCAAGUGGUGGCGGAGAUUAUGCGAAUCCACAGAUCCCUUCCGCCGCGUCCCGCCAUCGACGAGGUGGAGGCCGCCAAGGCGCUGAUUCAAAAUGUGGACAAGGAGGACCAAGCCAGGCUUGACGCCAUUGCUAAACAGACCAAGAGCCACAACGUCUCCGAAGAGCUCUUCAUGGUUCUGCAGGAGAUGCAGAAGAACCUCGUCUACUUCAACAGCCGCGAGCAGAAGCAGGAGGCCUUGAAGCUUCUCGAUCUUGAACAUCUCCACCAGUUGUUCGACGAUUAUAUCCAACGCGCCUCCACCUGCGUCUCUUCUUCUUCUUCGGCUCCCUCGUCUUCUUCGGCCAGACCUCCGCCGUUGGAUUCCGCCGCGGCUUACGUGUACCGGUCCGACCGAGAAGUCGGCAAGGCUAAGGCUAUGGUCAGCAGAGACGACAGUUACGUGGUCAGCAAGGCCAAGAAGAGCUUCUACGCCGACGCGAUUGGGCCUGGGCCGGCGGUUCCCUCCACGCCGCAGAUUGCCGACUCGUCACUCAAGUCCGGCCUCGCUCUUGCUUCAUCUGGAGGUCAAGAGGGUGAGAAAUUGAGUCUGAUUAAGCUAGCGAGUCUAAUCGAAGUCUUGGCAAAGAAAGGGACUAAGGUGGUUAAUCUUCAAGGCAAGUUGAAUGACCAAAUUGAGUGGCUGCCUGAUUCGAUAGGAAAGCUUUCGAGUUUGCUCACUCUCGAUUUGUCAGAGAAUCGGCUUUUGGUCCUGCCAUCCACCAUUGGGGGGCUUUCCUCCUUGACCAAGUUGGAUUUGCAUUCCAACAGGCUCACUGAGUUACCGGAUACUAUUGGAGAUCUUCUUAGCCUUGUCCAUCUUGACCUCAGGGCGAACAAUUUGGCGUCCCUUCCGGCUUCAUUUGGCCGAUUGAUGCGUCUUGAAGAGCUGGACUUGAGCUCUAAUAGGCUCGCAUUGCUUCCUGACACGAUUGGGUCGCUUGCUAGUCUCAAGAUUUUGAAUGUCGAGACCAAUGAGAUUGAUGAGAUUCCGCACAGCAUUGGUCAUUGCACGAACCUUAGAGAGCUCCAUGCUGAUUAUAACAAGCUUAAGGCACUUCCGGAAGCCGUGGGAAAGAUUGAGACCCUGGAGAUUUUGUCGGUGCGUUACAAUAACAUCAAGCAGUUGCCCACGACCAUGUCAUCUCUAAUAAGAUUGAGAGAACUGGAUGUGAGUUUCAAUGAGCUUGAGUCAGUGCCUGAGAGCUUAUGUUUUGCCACCUCGCUGGUCAAGAUGAACAUAGGAAACAAUUUUGCUGAUAUGCGCUCGCUACCAAGGUCCAUUGGGAACUUUGAGAUGCUUGAAGAGUUGGAUAUAAGCAAUAAUCAGAUACGGGUUCUCCCUGACUCUUUCAGGAUGCUCACACGACUACGUGUUCUACGUGUAGAGGAAAACCCUCUUGAAGUGCCUCCUAGACAUAUAGCUGACAAGGGAGCGCAAGCUGUUGUUCAAUACAUGGCAGAGCUUGUCGAGAAAAGAGAAGUUAAAGUACAACCGGCUAAGCAGAAAAAGAGUUGGGCUCAAAUAUGCUUCUUCUCAAGGUCAAACAAAAGGAAGCGCAAUGAUGCAGAUUAUGUGAAAGCCUGAUUGAUUACUGAGUUGCUGACAAGAGACAUGACUCAAUCAAGGAUACCAGGCUGCCGGCUGUUAGCAGGCUAGAUGAUUUCAGAAGCUAUGACCAACCCUCCUCAUCUCAUAUGGUUUGGGUGGGUUUCACAAAUUGCUCCAACAACUCUUGCAUACCAAACUGUAUAUCGUUCUUUCCCCUGUCAUUGUUACAUUUUUGUUUAUCCAUCUGUUUUUCAAUUGUCCUUCGAGUCAAAUGAGGUGUACAAUUCAGCCGGCAUAUAGGAGAAAAGGAAAUACGUUGUACUUUGUAUAUCACCUCCCUUGUUCAUGAUAAAAUCUCAUUGUAUCCCCUUUCUACCACUUGUAAUAGAAUUUGUUUCCGUUGAAAUAGAAUCUAGAAUCUUAUUUUCCACUUCUUCGAUGUAGUUCUGGUAAAUAUUUAUAGAGUUGACUUUGAC